CAAACAGUCAUAAUGUUCAGAGUUAAGGAUCUACUGCUCGCGCCGGAGACCUUCGACGAUCCGAUCUUUAGAAACCACCUUUGUGGCUUUCGAUUGUACGGGUAUGUGGCAUCCACGGACCAGAAGAGGCCUUGGUUUAGCCUCGUCCGUUGCAUAUUUUUCACGGUUUCGCUCUGGAUGUGCUGCGCUCUGAUGCUCGCCCGGGUUUUUCGGGGCUACGAAAACCUUAACGAUGGUGCCACAAGCUGGGCCACCGCUGUCCAGUACUUUGCGAUGUCCAUUGCCACUCUGAAUGCCAUCGUGCAAAGGGAUAGAGUAAUUGGACUUUUGCGAGUGGCCCACGCGGAUAUCCAGAACCUUAUUUCCGAAGCUGACGAUCGGGAGAUGGAGCUCCUGGCCGCCACACAGGUGUAUACGCGAAACAUUACCUUGACUCUGUGUGGACCCUCGUUCAUUGCGGGAUCGAUGGCAUAUUUGGACUGCAUCUAUAGGACUGUGUUUUUACCGAAAUCGGUGUUUAACAGUUCGGCGGUGCAGCGAGGGGAAGAACAGCCCAUCCUGAUGUUCCAACUGUUUCCCUUGAAAGAGGUGUGUGACAACUUCGUAGUGGGCUAUAUUGGAGCCUGGUACGCUCUGUCUCUUGGAAUGACGGCCAUCCCCAUGUGGCAUACCUUUAUCACUUGCCUCAUGAAGUACGUAAACCUCAGGCUGCAGAUACUCAACAAGCGGGUGGAGGAGAUGGAUAUAACACGAUUGAAUCCGAGAUUGAUAAUAGAUCGUCUAUCGCCAACCGAGCUAUCGCAUUGGAGAAAGCAACUCUUUAGGGAUUUCGUAGAGGAGCAUAUAAGGAUUCGGAAUUUAGUUCACGAGAUACAGCAUCUGAUCCGCGUGCCCGUCAUGCUAGAUUUUAUUAUCUUUUCGAUUUCCAUGUGCUUUCUCUUUUAUGCAUUGGCACUCGGCAUCUCCAGCAAGAUGGAUUACUUCUUUAUAGGUAUAUAUAUUUUUGUGAUGGCUGCCAUACUGUGGAUGUAUCAUUGGCAUGCCACUUUAAUUGUUGAAUGUAACGAUAAAUUGUCUUUUGCCUACUUUUCCUGUGGAUGGUAUAACUUCGAUGUCCCUUUGCAGCGGACGCUGCUCUUUGUGAUGAUGCACGCCCAGCGGCCGAUGAACAUGCGCGCCCUGCUGGUCGAACUGAAUCUAAGGACCUUCAUAGACAUUAUGCGUGGGGCCUACAGCUACUUCAAUCUGCUGCGUAGCUCCCACUAGUAUUAGAUGGCAAGCCUUUUCUCGGGCCUAAUCAAAUGCCGUUGCGCUUGUCAACUCGUUUGGCUAACAUGACAGUAAACAAGCCAUGCAAUUCAUUUUGCCCGGCACACACA